UUUUUAUAGUGUUUCUGCGACGUUUGACAGGGGGAAAAAAAAUAAAUCCAAAUUGUCCACAACGAGUUCAGGAAGACAAAAUAAAAACAAAUGAAAUAAAUCCAAAUUAUGAAACGCACGACUGUACGUACAAAGCGGUAAAGACAGGUCAUAACCUUUAAUAAUAAAAAAAUAAAAAGAACUGACCAUUAUUUAGCACCAUAAUUCAAGAAUUACACUUUAAAUCGAGACGAAUGACAAUUUAAUGGCAUACAUUUACUACAUUUAUUGUUGUUUCACAGCAAGGUGUGUUUUGAUGGCCCAGGAACCGAUUAAAAGGGUUUGUUGUUACACGAACCGUAUUAAACUUAACACCGAUGACUAACUUUUUGUUGAAACGUGUUUGAUUGACGUAUGGCAUUAAAAGGCGAAGUUUGCCACAAAAUUUACGAAUGUAUAAAAAAUACAAAAUACAUAAAAUGUACUAUGAUUGUGAGUGAAAGUCGAUGCACUCAAGUCAGGGCUGACAUUUAAAAAUAAUCUCCCUUUUUAACAGCUGAAUUAAACAGUGACAUUUUAUAUUAUGGCGUGUUACAUUUUUGCUGCAUUAAUGGUUGCAUUUUAAUUUGUUUUAGUGCAAAAUCUGUCUUCUGUAGACCCAGGAACCAACGUAGCCGAAGCAACGAUGUCUGUUAGCAUACGGAGCGGAUAGGCCGUAACACCACUUGGUCCCAUCUUAGUUAGAGCGAGAGAAGGGAAAACGAAGGGAACCGUCCAUUACAGCUGCUUUAUCGGCACUGUUCAUGGUGAUGGACCCUCCUGGCGGGGGAGACGAGCGUCGGAGACAGGCCGAGCGUCUUCGGAGGGAGGAGGCCUACUAUCAUUUUAUUAAUGACCUAAGUGAAGAGGAGUAUCGCCUCAUGAGAGACAGCAACCUGUUGGGGACCCCCGGAGAAGUGACAGCCGAAGAGCUCCAGCAACGACUGGACGGAGCCAAGGAGCGCGAGUCGUCCCAGCCCGGCGCGGAGCAGCGCACGCCAGCCGCCGAGCCCCUGGAGCAGCAGGGCGGGAGCGUAGAAGAAAGAGGCGCCGGAGGGAGGCGAGGAGCAGGGAACGCAGAGUCAGCGGCGGACGCGUCCAACGGCGACUCGUUGCUCGAGUGGCUGAACACUUUCCGCCGCACCGGCAACGCCACCCGCAGCGGGCAGAGCGGCAACCAGACGUGGCGCGCCGUCAGCCGGACCAACCCGAACAGCGGCGAGUUCCGCUUCAGCCUGGAGAUUAACAUCAACCACGACCAGCCCGAGGGCGGGGAGCACGCCGACGCUUUGGACUCAGGCGAGCCGCCCGUCGCCAGUUUGGGUUUGGCGUCGCCGCCGGGCCGCGUCGCUUCUUCCGCCGCCGCUCGCCUGUCCAGCGCCGCCAGGCCGUCACCUUACCCCACGCCUCGGCCCGCCCUCAGCAGGAGGAUGCAGACUCGCCGCACACGCAGCAGCAGCACCCUCUCCGCGACCCCCCCGGUUCCUGCCGCUGUUGCCCCCCCUGCUCAAAGGAGAGGAGAUGCAAUGCACAUUUUAGUACCAUCUCCUACUGUUUCCAAUCCGGAUCAGUCCACACCGCCGCAUCCAGCCGCCAAUGCAGAACUGGAGCAAAGCCGCGACAACGUGACUUUAUCGCUAGAUUGUCCCCGUGUGUCGCCCCAGCCGGGGUCUCAAGCCCCCGCGGCGGGACAGGAAUCACGUCGGACUCGAUCGCGCGGCCGCUGGCGCCGAGUGGCGGCGGCGUGGAACGGCAACGUCCCGGCCCGCGCAUCCAGGCGAAGUCGGUCCCCCUUGCACAGAAGCCCCGUGGGCGCGUCGGCGUCAACCAGCGCCAUCAGCGGCUCGAGCAUCCAUAUUGUCGAUGCGGGCACCAGCUCGGUUUCCAUGGAGACGGGCGAGGCGGCGGGAGAACCCGCAGCCACCGCGACGGAGCCGACCCCAGAAAGCGGUGACGGCGAAUCGCAUUCAUCCGGGGCGGGAGGUUCGUCUUCGGUCCGCCGCCACCCCACCAUCAUGCUGGACCUGCAGGUGAGACGGAUUCGACCUGGAGAAAACCGGGACCGCGACAGCAUCGCCAGCAGGACGCGCUCCCGGGCCCGCGUUGCGGAGAACACGGUCACGUUCGAGAGCGACAGCGGCGGCUUCCGGCGCACCAUCUCCCGCUCGGAACGGGCCGGGAUCCGCACCUACGUGAGCACCAUUCGGAUCCCGCUGCGGCGCAUCAGCGAGACGGGCCUGGGCGAGCCCAACUCCACGGCGCUGCGCUCCAUCCUGCGCCAGAUCAUGACCGGGUUUGGGGAGCUCAGCUCUCUCAUGGAGACGGAGGCCGAUUCCGAAAGCGCGGUCCCCGGCCACGUGGACGUCGGCGUUACGAAUACGAACGCCGGCCCGGCUGCUCGCUCGCACGGCAGCGAGUAUACGGCGGCUCAGGCCGGCUCAGGCGGGCAGGAUCAAGAGAGCGCGGGGCCGGGGGGGAACGAGGAGGAACAGGUCGGUCAGGCCAGGCUCGGCGGAGGUCCGGCGAACGCCGCGGAGGGGCGGCCCACCAGCAGGGACACAAACAACCUGGUGGAAAACGGCACCCUGCCCAUCCUCCGGCUGGCGCAGUUCUUCCUGCUGAACGACGAGGACGACGACGAGCACCCGCGGGGCCUCACCAAAGAGCAGAUUGACAAUUUGGCCACGCGCUCGUACGGCCAGGCCAGCCUGGAGGGCGAGGCGGGCCGGGCGUGCAGCGUCUGCAUCAACGAGUACGCGCAGGGCAACAAGCUGCGGCGCCUGCCCUGCUCGCACGAGUUCCACAUCCACUGCAUCGACCGCUGGCUCUCGGAGAACAACACCUGCCCCAUCUGCAGGCAGCCCAUCCUCACAACGCACCACGACUGACCCGACCCCACCGUCUUUGGCUUCUUCCGCGUACCCGAGCGGCCGCAUGUACAUAAGUGUGUCCAUUUCCGUGUGGGAGUUGAAUGAGAAGGUGGAACCCGGAAGUUCAGGAGGAGGCAAAAAAAAAAAAAAAAAAAAAAGGCUUAAAUCCAGAGAAUUAAUAGUUUAUUUUUUUAGCCUUUUUCGAUUUCAGUUUCCUCUUCUAUAUAACGGGAGAACUUCAUCCGCGAGUGAAUUGUUAGCCGCUCUGCGUAGUCCGGCAUCAAGCUGUCUCCCCACGUCAGAAAUCAUAUUUUAAUUUGUCCGCCGUAGACUGUAAAUAUUCAACCGGUUUCACAUGACAAGUGGAAAAUGUAUUUUUUUUUUGUUUUGUUUUGUCCCCGCUAUUUUAAAUGGUCACUAAAGCUAAAUUAUCGCGAGUAAUGAAUCCAACUAUCGAGUUUUUUUUUUUUUGCCCAGCUUUUGUCACAGAAUUUAUUGAAUUUGUAAGGCAAUUUUAAUUCGUAAUAAAUUCUGUAUUAAUAAUCUAGUUUCGGUAUUUAUGAUUUGUCAAGUACUCGCCACACAAAAGCCAGUCUCCAAUGGUUGCACAUGCAGAAGGCAGAAAUUCAGGUUUGUCAUUUUUUAAUUUUUUUUUUUAGCUGUGCAUUACCUACAGACUCAAAACAAUAUAUAUAUAUAUAUAUAUAUAUGAUCAUAAAGUCAUGCUUUGUCAGAAUGUUUGCAAUUGAAGGAAUUCGGAUUGUACUCGUGACGGUCCAGCACAGGCUCAUCACGUCACUACUCAAUAUUUAUUCCGUUUCUAUUUAAUAUGACGGGGAGGAAUUCACUUUUUUUUUUCAAAACCACAAACGUGUGUGUCAUGUAGCCAUGUGAUGAGAGUAAAUAAUUAAUGGUAUGAUUUUUUUUUGUUUGUUUCUAUGUGCACCUCUGAACUAAUUUGUGGGCUUGGGAGGGGGUCAAGGUCUGCUCCUCAACUACCGACACAAUAAAAAAUGCAGCUUUGUUAUGCCCAGUGA